CCAACUACCUCUAUGGGUGCGAAUACCAGAAGGAAUGUAUCAAUCACCUGAGUUGGACACCAAUUCUACACCUCUCGCUCCCCAUUUCCCCCAUGCACCAUGCCCGCCUCCACAUUGUGCGAGGGUCGAUGUGGAUAGAGUCCGGGGCCGCUGAGUAGUCGCAUUGGCCCCAAAGCGGCCAAGCGGGUGGGGAAAUGGCUGACUUGGCGGGUGCUUAGCGAAAUGUCGCAAAUGGCAAGUUGCAGCAAAUGGCCUCGGUUGUCAACAUUUAAAACCCUCUCCGUCUCGCUUCGCUUCCCGAGUCUCCGAUUCCCGACGAAUAUACUGCUUGGAACAAGGUCUUUUAUUUUUGGGAGGAGUUCCGUUUUUCGAAUCAUGCGCAGAUCAUAAGCGCGACAGUUCUAUUUUUCUCCAUCUCCACUUCCUGUUUGGUCCACUCCCAACGGUUGCAGUCGAGUCACCGACAUUCCUAACGGGCGGCUCCCAAGAAAAUUUCCCGUUCACCAUGCAUGUCGAAGGUGGCCCCGAGACGAGCGAUGAUCUCGCUCUGGCUAGACUCGGCAAGAAACCGGUCUUGAAGCGCCGAUUCAACUUCAUGGCGAUCGUCGGUUUUGCUAUGGCCGAGCUCAUCACCUGGGAGACCGUUCUGACCCUAUUCUCCCAGUCAUUCGACAAUGGCGGUCCCGCGGGUGCUUUCUACGGCUAUAUUAUUGCCUGUCUGUCUACGUUGUCGACGUAUACGGUCAUCGCUGAAUUGGCCUCCAUGGCGCCCAUUGCCGGAGGGCAGUACUACUGGGUCUACAUGCUCGCGCCAAUGCGCUGGAAGAAAGUCUGUAGUUACUUGAUUGGCUGGCUGACCUCCCUUGCAUGGAUCGCCACGAUCGCGACGGAGACGAUCUUCCUCGGCACGAUGAUCGAGGGACUCAUCACCUUGAACAACCCGGAUUUUGCCCAGCAGCGCUGGCAGAAUACCCUCCUGGCUUGGGCCAGUGUCGCGGCCACCUUUUUCAUCAACGUGGUGGUGCCCAACAUUCUGCCUCGUUUCGAAAUCUUCAUGUUGGUCUUGCAUCUGGCAGGUUUCAUUGCGAUCACGGCUGUGCUCCUAGCCAUGUCCCCCAAAAAAUCGGCAGACUUUGUUUUCCACACAACGUUGAAUGAAGGCAAUUGGCCCACACAAGGCAUUUCAUACUGCGUUGGCUUCAUUGGCAAUAUUGCCACCUUUGUCGGCGCUGAUGCGAGUGUCCAUAUGGCCGAAGAAGUCGCCAAUGCCGCAGUGGUGAUCCCUCAAGCCAUCAUUGCGGGCAUGUCUAUCAACAGCGCCCUCGGAUUUUCGAUGAUGCUCACGGUCUUGUUCUGCCUAGGCGAUGUCGAAUCUGUGCUGAACACUGCGACAGGGUUCCCUUUCAUUCAAAUUUUCUACGACGUCACCCACUCGCACGCCGGUGCGUCAGUCAUGACCACCCUCAUCAUGGUACUCACUAUGGCCUGCUCAACCGGUAUCACGGCCACCGCCUCUCGUAUGACCUGGUCUUUCGCUCGAGACCAGGGCUUGCCCUUUUCCCACUUUUUGAAGAGUGUGAACCAUCGCACCAAAGUCCCCGUCGUAUCUGUCACCGUAGUCUGCGGUCUCGCCUGUGCCCUGACGCUCAUCUAUAUUGGAUCCACUACGGCCUUCAACGAUGUCAUUUCCCUUACCGUGACUGGAUUCUACAGCACAUAUUUCCUCCCAAGCGCAUUCCUUCUCUACCACCGCAUCAAAGGCAAUGUCCUGCCCCAUGGUACCAUAAUGGACGGCCUCCCAGAUGCCGCCCUCGCUGCCGCUAGCACCUCUGCCAAUUCCACGGAGAAAGCGACUACCCCUGCGCGCCUCAAGAGCCCAGUUGACAAGGAGCUCAUUAGCCCAGGUCCUUCCCAGAGCCCCGAACGCGACAUGACCGAGAAGAGAGGCAUCCAGCCUACUGAGUAUGACAUCGCCCAGGCACCUCUGAUCUGGGGCCCAUGGAAGGUCCCCGGUAUCCUCGGAACUAUUAACAAUGCGUACGCUUGCGUAUAUAUGCUAUUCGUCAUCUUCUGGAGCGUUUGGCCCCCAGAAACUCCUGUGGAUUAUACCACCAUGAACUACAGUAUUGUCGUCACUGCUGGCGUGUUGAUUUUAAGUGGUAUCUGGUACUUUGUCCGUGCUAGGAAAGAAUACUCCGGUCCCUUGAUCGACGAGGAGGUUGCUGAAAUUAUGCACCUUGCCCCUGCCGCAAUUGCUGCGACAGUCCCAAAGACUGAAUAAAUGCUGAAGCGGAUAUAAGUGCUCACCGGGGAACAAAAGGGAAGACCAAGAGGAAGAGGUGGAAAAUGAUCAUGUGGAAGUUCACUUGAAGACGAACAUGGGAUGAGAAAUGUAUCGAUACCCCAGGAACAUAAGUCAUGUACCUACCUGAAAAUACCCCCAAAAUAUUCAAAAGCAAAUAAAAGAAUAUUUUGAAUUACUAUCACGAU